AUCGGGUCUCCAUCUCUAUGCCAACGGACCACUCAACAUCGUCCGGGAACACUGUACAAUGAACCCGGUACAGGUGUAGAAGAACACUAUGACCCGGCACUAAGACUACGUAGGUCUGGAGGUAGGUGGUACACCCUAACAUAAAAGAAAUCCCUUCUCUGCCUCUCAUCUCUCUUCCUCUCCCCUGCUCAAGGAAAGUCUCUCGGUGAGUACUACACACACACAAGACAGCACACCAUCUUUGUCGUUGUGUUUCCCUCACCAUGUCCCACUCCGACGACUCCCAGACGACAAGGGGUCAAACGACACUACCAGAGGAUCACAAGAAUCCUUUCGGUGACAACCACCACCAUGCUGGUCCCAACAAGGAGAUCUCUGCCCAAGGAGGCUCCCGCCGAGACUCGAUUCUCUUGGUCGGCGACAAGUCACCCGGUGUCGCUCGCAUCGAAGCCAUCGGUGAGGUAUUGACCUUGACCGACCGUAUUUUCUUGUUCAUCGGAGUCUUCCUCGUCGCCUACGCUUACGGUCUCGACGGUACAGUCCGGUACACGUUCCAGACGACGGCGACGGCCUCAAUGGGUGAACACUCACUCCUCGCAACCAUCAACGUCCUCCGAGCCGUCAUCGCCGCCGCCGCACAACCGACGGGGGCCAAAAUUGCCGACGUUUUCGGUCGUCUCGAGUUGGUUUGCGUUUCGGUCUUCUUUUAUACCGUCGGAACCAUCAUCGAGGCUUGCGCCACAAAUGUGUCGACGUUCGCCGGAGGGUCUGUUCUGUAUCAAAUCGGGUACACCCUCAUAAUCCUCCUCGUCGAGGUCAUUAUCGCCGACAUCACGUCCCUCCGAGCACGUUUAUUCUUCAGCUACAUCCCAGCAUUACCCUUCAUCAUCAACACCUGGGUUUCCGGAGACAUCACCCAGGCCGUCCUCGAGGUCACGACCUGGAAAUGGGGUAUCGGCAUGUGGUGCAUCAUCUAUCCCGUAUGCGCUCUCCCCUUGAUCAUCACUCUUGCGGUCGUGGGCCGUCGGGCCCGAAAAUCCGGCGUCCUCGACAAGUACCAAUCCCCUUUCCAACAACUCGGGGCUCGCAAGUUGGCGGUCAGCUUGUUCUGGACCCUUGACAUGGUCGGCAUCGUCUUGCUCAUCGCGGUCUUUGCGCUCAUCCUGGUUCCUUUGACCAUCGCCGGUGGACUUUCCACAAAGUGGAAGGAGGCUCACGUCAUCGCACCUCUUGUCAUUGGUAUCUUGUGUAUUCCUUGCUUUGUGUUUUGGGAACUCUGGGCCCCUCACCCUCUGGUUCCCUUUGACUUGCUCAAAGACCGCGCCGUCUGGGGAGCUCUCGGCAUCGCCUGCACUCUCAACUUCGCCUGGUACAUGCAAGGUGAUUACAUCUACACGGUUUUGUCUGUCGCUUUCGAUUUCAGCGUCAAGGCUGCGACUCGGGUGUCUUCAUUGUACAGCUUCACCUCCGUCAUCACGGGUUUCGUGUUGGGAAUGAUCGUCUACAAGGUCCGAAGACUCAAAUGGUUCAUCGUCGCGGGUACUUGCCUGUUCAUGGUCGCGUUUGGCCUCCUCAUCCACUACCGGGGUUCACCAAGCUCGAGCGGCAAGUCUGGGGUCAUCGGAGCUCAAGUCCUGUUGGGAUUCGCGGGUGGUAUGUUCCCUUACCCUGCACAAGCGUCGAUCCAAGCCGCCACCAAACAUGAACACGUCGCCGUCAUUACUGGCUUGUACCUGGCCACCUACAACAUCGGCUCUGCCUUUGGCGGUUGCGUGUCAGGAGCCAUCUGGACAAACGUCCUCCCUGCGACCCUCGAGGACCGCCUGGCCCCGCUGGGCAACUCUACCUUGGCAGCCUCGACCUACGCCAACCCCUUUGGGGUCAUCGCGGAAUACCCAGUCGGCACUCCCGAGAGGACCGCCAUCAUCGCCGCCUACCAGCACGCUCAAAGAUUACUUUGCAUCACCGGUAUUUGUCUCGCCGUUCUUUUGAUAGGGUUCUCUCUGUGUCUUAGAAAUCCCAAGCUGGGUAAUGAACAGAGUUUACCCGAUGCAGAGGAGAAUGUUGUUCGUUGAAGAAAGGAAAGGACAGCACGGCACAGUGCACUUUCUGUUGUUUGGUGGGCAUCAAAACCUAGUCUUCCCCUAUGCCCAUGUCACAGUCAAGGACUACUGAUUGUCGUAUUCGUAAAUGGUUGAAUUAAAAGUGUAUAUAUCAUUUGGGUUGUGUGUGUGCAUGUACAUUAUAUGAAAUACCCAGGCAUUAAUCAUGAUAUGAGAUUUACUUUGUUUUCGAAUACAUAUACCUUAUGCACCAUCACCUGCGACAGUACUCACACAUAACACAUUAUCUAUC